AUGGCCCCGGAAACUUUAACACCUUUCCAAAACCUGACCUGGUUCAGGAUAUACAGAGCUGGCUUGAAUAACCUUCCACAAGCAGCAAUCCGAGGAAUUGGAAAGCUUGAAGGUAUUGAACUGUAUGCAAGUCUCAUACGAUCUAUCACCCCAGGCUCUUUUGUCGAACUAACUACCCUCAAGGAACUGCAGAUCAAAACGAACGACAUUGCAGUGUUGUCAAAUGGGACUUUUGAAGGACUCUGGAAUCUAAAAUACCUAAUAAUGUUCAAUAAUCACAUCAGAACACUUAGCCAAGGAGUUUUCUUAGCCCUUGGUAAUCUGGAGAUUCUCGAGCUAGGUGGAAAUAGUCUACCAUUGCUGAAGGACUAUUCGUUUGAUGGACUAGGUAACCUCAAACAUCUUUUAUUCGUUAAGAACAAACUUGAGGAGAUGGAGAACGGGACACUUCAUGGUCUUGGGAUGUUAUUAAGUUUAGACCUUAAGAACAAUAAAAUUACAGUGUUACCGCACGGUGUAUUCACAGGCCUAAGUAGUCUUACUGACCUGUCGAUGGAACAAAAUUUAAUAUCGAAUUUAACAGAAGGUUCGUUUGUAGGUCUGCAUAACCUCGAGUUGCUUCAUCUCAGCAAAAAUAACAUCCAGAUGAUAGAGAAAGGGGCAUUUCGUGAUCUCGGCAAGCUAUUACGUUUAAAUCUCUCUGAAAAUCAAAUCAUGGGUCUGGGGAAGGGUCGUUUUGAGGAACUAUCUAGCUUAAUGUAUCUUCAUCUUGACUCGAACAACAUCACAUCGCUAGAGGAAGGAUCGUUUGCAGGACUCGGAGCCCUCGGUACCUUGAGCAUUAGAAAUAACGAUGUCGCAGUGGUUUCAGAUGAUGCAUUUCGUGGGUUGACUGAACUAAACAGCCUUGAUAUCUCAUCCAACAAAAUAGCUUUCUUGGCGAGUGGGACAUUGACAGGACUAAACAAUCUACAGACAGUUGUCACGUCUCACAAUUUGUUCAAUUGCACCUGUGCUUUGCAAGGGAUUGCUUCAUGGUUUAGCUCAAACCGACAAAUGAUUACAGACGCCAGUAAUAUGACGUGUGACACACCGUCUAACAUGCAGGGGAUGGUUAUCCUGGACAUUGAUUGGUCUCUCUUGGGAUGCAGUGCAUGGACAACGAUUCUAUUUGUAGAUUGCGGUACAGUAACUGAGACAAUUCCACCCAAUGAGGCCUCGAAUCUGUCAGAUGCCAUCACACAAUUUGUCCGCUAUUUUGCCAUUGUUGUCACAUUAUUUGUUUUCGCGUUUUAG